AUGCCUGUCUGUCAUCCCCACACGAUCAACCUCCGUCUCGUAAACACAAUUUUCGUGAACCCCCCUGGCCGCAUUCCACCACAACGGAACAACCCGCCGAACCCCUUUUGCCACCUCCCAUUUCAAAUCCCCCGCCUCGUCCACCCGCCGCUAGCCGGCCGUGCUUCCGAACAACCCCCCAUUUCCCCCGCUGGCUCCCCCACGCCCCUACUCCCAGGCGAGGGCACCUACGGACUGGUGUACCAUGCACGCAGCAAGGAGACGGGCGGCCGUUACGCCAUCAAGCAGUUCAAAAGCGGCCGGGAGGGUGACGGCGUAUCCCCCACCGCCAUUCGGGAGAUCAUGUUGCUCAGGGAGAUGAGCCACCCCAACAUAGUCAAGCUGGAGAGCGCGCACAUCAACCACAGCGAGCCGUCCCUGUGGUUGGCCUUCGAAUACGCUGAGUACGACUUGUACGAAAUGAUCAAGUUUCACAGGGACAACAAGGACAACCGCCGGGACAACCCUUUCGGUUUGAUGCCACAGUACAUCGUCAAGACGGUCAUGUGGCACCUGCUCAACGGUCUCAGCUACAUGCACCAGCACUGGGUGGUGCACCGGGACCUCAAGCCCUCCAACGUGUUGGUGAUGGGCGAGGACCCCGCAGUGGCCCCCAGCCAACAUGGCUGUGUCAAGAUUGCGGACUUCGGGCUGGCCAGGAUAUUCCAGGCCCCUGCGCGGCCCCUCUCGGACAACGGCGUGGUGGUCACCAUUUGGUACCGCGCCCCCGAGCUGCUGCUUGGUGCCCGCCACUACACUCGCGCGGUGGAUGUGUGGGCGGCCGGGUGCAUCUUUGCGGAGCUGCUCACACUUAAGCCGCUGUUCCAGGGCCAGGAGCGCAAGACGCCGGGCAAUGUGCUGCAAGCGGACCAACUGGACAAGAUCUUCCGUGUGUUGGGUCACCCGGGUAUCAAGACCUGGCCCGAGCUGGAGGUGCUGCCCCACUGGGUGGACAACACGGACAACGUGAGAGUGAGGCGGCCCGAGUGGGGCGGUACGGGACUGCACAGUGCGAUACUGGAGGCCAUGCGGGCUAUCGACCUGAUGUCCCGCAUGCUGGACUACAACCCCUCCAGUCGGGCCACUGCGGAAGAGGCGCUGAGGCACGAGUGGUUCAGAACGGAACCCAAACCCGGACCCAACGUGUUUAGGAUGCAGGUGGGGUCAUGGAACGGGAAUGGGCAUGGACCUGGCGGGUCGUGCUGGGCAUGA